AUGGAUGACGUUCAAACCCAACUUCUGCAGAACAUUCAUCAAGAGAUGAUCAACGGUUUGUUCAGUGAUAUACAGGUGAUUUGUAAUGGCGGCACAACAACCGGAAGUCGGAUCGCUCUGGCAGCGUUGUCGCCGUACUUCCGGGCGAAGGUUACAUCAGACAUGACAGAAAGUCGGACGGGUGUCCUGAAACUUCCAACUGUGUCUCUGCAAGUAUAUAAGGACAUUCUCAAGAUGUAUUUCUGCAAGAUUAAUCUUAUAAACGAGGACAAUUGCAGGCAUAUGUUUGUCGCUACCGAUAUGAUGCAGCUUGAUUAUAUAAAAAAUCUGUGUAUCAUCUGCAUGAACCAAGAUCUUGACUUCACUCCUCAAAAUUGUCUUAAUUUGUGGAGAACCCUGAAACUCUACAAUUUCCUUGAUUUGUCCAAACGGGCACUUUCCUGUUUGACUGAUAACUUGGCUGAAUUUCUUAAAACGGGAACUGUUAUUGACCUGUCAAAGGCAGAACUUUUGGAAAUCAUUUCUAAAGAUGACUUAACCUGUAGAGAAGACGACAUUCUGAAAGUCGCCAUGAAGUGGAUUGAACAUAAUAAUCCGGAACAGGGGGACGUCCAGAUUAUUUUUGAAAAUAUACGACUUGAUAUUGUUGGCCGACAAUUUCUUGUUAAUGAUGUAGCAGUUUCAAAUAUCGUUCUUGAGAAUAAUUCUGUGAGAGAAAUCAUACAACACGUUUCAAGUUCAGCCCUGCCACAACGUACACGCACAACGAGGUUUGUUGCCAACUGUUCUGAUGUCUUCGUACUACACCACACCAACAAUUUACUUCUGUCUUGCUUCACGUCUGAAGAGGAGUGGGAGGACGUCCCGCCAGCUCCAGUAGAUCCUGGACAGUAUUAUUCAGCAGCGAGUUUGGAUCACAAGAUCGACAUCACUGGUGGUGAUGAACAAGGCAAAUGUACACUUGUGUAUGACAUCAUAGGCGCUGGCAUCACUGUACAGCCGUCGCUAGCUCUAAAGUUUGGUGAGAACAUCCUCAUUAUGGGAGGACAAGUAAUUUACAUCUCAGGAGAAGAAAACGUCAGCCCAUCACAUGUCAUCCAGUGUUUUAACACUACAACUCGCGCUGUCAUUAAGGUGGACACAAAGUUGCCUUGUACAUCCAGUACACUAAAAGGAUAUGUUCACCUACCAGAUGUAUAUCUGUUGGACGUUGAUGGCAACGUGAUGCACAUUCACAUCACUGACAGAAAUGGAGGAAUCCAGGUUGAGAAUAAACUAACAGUUAAAUAG